ACCCUGGUUUUAACACAGUUCGAAAACAGCACGUUGAAAUCUGCAUGGAAACGAUUAGUGUGAGCCAGUCGAAGGACCUGUUUCAGAGAUUCAUUCUUUUCAUUUGAUUUGAUACAUUCACAAGACAUCAUGACGGAGGUACUAGCAGAUUUGGGAGGUGUUGUCGGAGAAAUUCUAGGCUGGAUUGGAGGCUACGAGAGAGGGAUUUUGGGUGCCAUUGCCAUUAUAAUGGUGGCCCUUGGUAUAUACACUACCCUAGAGAACAGAACACCAGAAUGUCCGAGAUAUCUAGCUUCCAGUACUGGUCCCAAAAAGCGACUCAUCAGCAACAAGCUAGCCGCCCUGCUGACAUAUCCCUAUGCGUUCCUCAUUCCAUGCUACUGCAUGUACGUCAGUAGGAACGCCUCGCGUGUUAACAUCGUACUCGUCUCAUUGAUGGUCAUCCAUUAUUUACAAAGGACAUUUAUCUACGGCUUAAUGAUAAAGGGCAACAGCAAAAUCCCGGCCCAUGUGUUGCGGAUGUCGGCCACCUUUUGUGCCUUGAAUGGCUACAUGAUUGGCCGUUACCACACUGAAUACGCAGUGUACGACGCCAAUUGGUUGACGGGCCCACGAUUUAUCAUUGGUGUGGUUCUAUUCUUCACCGGUAUGGCCAUCAACGUUCAUUCUGAUCAUAUCCUGAGGAAUCUAAGGAAACCUGGAGAGACGGGCUACAAAAUACCAAGGGGCGGAUUGUUCGAGUAUGUCUCAGGAGCCAAUUACUUCGGUGAGAUUGUGGAGUGGAGCGGCUUCGCCUUAGCCUGUUGGACACUGCAUAGCGUGGCGUUCGCCUUCUUCACGGCUGGCUACAUCGGGCUGAUCAAGGCGUUUGCUCAUCAUCGAUGGUACCUGGACAAAUUUGAAGAUUACCCUAAGAACAGAAAGGUCCUCAUUCCGUUCCUUCUUUGACCGUGCCGGAGAUAUUCACUUCUAGCUGGAUCAACACAUGGCAUGACGUUUGACAGAAACGUUACGGCUUCUACUGGUUGUCAAAUGGAUUAAAUUCUUAGGCUAUACUUACGCAUGUUAUUGAAAAUUAAUUCUAAUGUGGAAUCUGAAAAACGAAAGCGAAAAAAAGUGGAGAUUAGCUGUUCCUCAACGUAUUUUCCCUAAACUCCCGAAAUGGUGAAUUUAAAUACUGCAUGAAAGCAUCCUAAUCUUCUAUCAGAAAGAGGUAUGCUACUUUGUCAUAUCCUUCUAUAGCUAUUUAAUUUUAGUUAUGUUUCAUCGAUGUUGAUAAAAUUCGUAAUCAGAAAUCCAUAACAUUUCUGGUGAAAACCCAAGUAACAUUUUUUUCUUCGAAAUAUUAAGUAUUAUAUUUAAAACCAUUUCCUCUCAUCUGAUGUCAAAUUUGCAUGUCCAUCAGCAAUCAGUUAAAAAGUACUUUUUUAAACCUAAGGCUGCACGCAAGUAAGUACACGAUGUAGCUGUAAAUUCCUGCGCGCGAGCUCAAAAAUAUUUUGUAAUCCCACAGAUAAUUUUGAUUAAAAGGGCCUUGCGGCCUAUAUUGGGAUAUUGAUUGCACAAAUAUUUAUAGAGAUCAGGCAUUACUUUGUGACUCGUGGCUUCUAACUCGGGUAUAUAGUUUUGCUCGAAUAAAGCCCAACUUACGGGUGUAUUUCGCAUAAAGGUGGGGGGGGGGGGCUUACUUAGGCCUGGGCCCAGGAUAGGCAACCGUUUUAGGGUUGGUUUUGGGAGAGGGAAUAUAAAAAAAUAUGACGAGCUACCUCUGGUAUAAUUGUACAGAAAAUCGUUCUAGAAGUAGUAAUCUUUAAUUUCCAGUUUAAAAAAAAAGGUUGCCGCCUUGCUCCUGAGCUUCACAAGGCGGCGCUCUUUGUGUCAGAUUUUGCGUUGUUUCCUAUUAGCACGUAUUUAGUGCAGUGGAACCGUAGGCCAAUAAUACAAAGACAUGACUAUAUUGUACUUUGAGCCACCAAAAUGUGUACCCCAGAUGUAAUUACUUCACACUAUCGUCGUACUGCAGUAACAAGUUUGAGAUCAGAGUUGGGUACUGUACACAACGUUAGAGUGUUAUUUCAAUUACAUUGCAUUAAAUGUUAAUUACGGAAUGUAUGCAAUUCUAAAGCAAGCGAGAAAUGAAUUACAUUCAUGGUGUAACUCAUAACGAGUUUUUAAAAUUUCAAUCGAUGGAUCGACACGUUUGAAAUAUCACGGCGCUUUCAACACUUUAAAAAAAUGAUUACAAUCGUGCAGGAUUGAUUGAAAGUUACAAGAGUUUAGCACAUAAGUAAUUAUUUGAUUAAAUGUUGUUUUCCUACCACCACUGUAAAACGGAUUCCGUUAAUAACUUCUUUUCUUGACACCCCUUCCCUCCAAAAAUAUUAUUUAGACUGAAAUCGCAGCAGAACGGCCUCGUUAACAGGUUUUAAAAGGAAACAUGGAGA